AGGACCGAGGGGACGCUGGAGUCCCGGGGCCAACUUCUCUGUCCCUGCGGGAAGAGAAGUGACAGUGCUGGAGCAGCUCCUCGGCAAAGGCACAGGGGACUGAGCAGGUGGAAGCCAAGGACAGCCAGAUACAGAUCAGACACGAGAGAGGCCCUUUAGAAAAGAGAAACGGCAGCUCCACAGUCCCGGGGCUGGCUGGGCAGCCUGCCAGGGCCCGUGUCCCUGCCGCCUGCUGCUGCGGCGGCCCCGCUGCCACCAGAUCAGCACAGCUCUGCUCUUGGGCCGGCCAGAGAACUCAUCCAGGUUCCUUUUUAUUUUUUCCGGAUUAUUUUUAACCUGGGCAGCUCCCCGAUCUGGUUUCCAGCCUAGGUCACAAGGUUUUCCCACACGGUUGAGGAACGGUGCUCCGUGUCACAGGAGUGACUUCGAGGGGCAGGAACUGCAGAAAUGCUCUAGUGGUACUUUGAACCACACUUUGGGAAGCAUUAAACAGUGGGACAGACUGUCAAAGCAGGUUUCAGACUCUAUCCCAGGGACUUUUUGUGAAGCCUGAGAGCUUUUUUUGUACCAUGUACCACCUCAGACAUACUUCAUUGUUUUCUGUGGCCAGAAUCUCUUAGAUAGUGUACAGUAUGAGCUCUCCUAGCUUGAAUUUGCACAAACCUGAUGGCUGGAGUAAUGAAAUAUUUCAUAUAAAUUGGCAGCCAGGGGGAAUCCAGCUCACAGGUGGAUUGUAUUUUUUGCCAGCUCUUUGUUACCCGCACCAGCUUCUUAACCUCUGCAGAACUGUGGCAGAGGAAGAUUCAUCCGGUGAGGGGAGUUUUCUGUAACCGACUUAUCUGAGAUUUCUAGAGCUGCAUAGGCUAGACAUAUUUUUUCCAGGACUAGCACAGAACUUUCUAAGAUAACCAGGUUUCCCAGUGCAGGUACAAGCACUGUGAGGUACAAGAUGUUCUCCGAACGCGUGUAGGUGGAGCAUUUCGACACAGCGGUGGCUCUUUCUCUCUGGUGGCUACAGGCUUCGAGUGAACAGGGAGCACAUUGGAAAUGUUCUUUGUGGAAAUGUGACUAAGAAAACUAAUCGAGUUUUUGGAAAAAUGUAAAUAUCUAGGUCGUGCAGAGGGUUUUCUAGCCAAGCACGAAUUAUGCUGUUAACCUUCCGUGGCUUCUGGGUUUCACUGAUACUAUGCAAGACCCUCAUCUUGUUUUUUCUGUCUUAUUCCACAGCUGUCAGUGUCCUAGGAUGUGCAUUUAGACUUAGAAACAGACCAGAUAGAGCCCUUUUUCUUGCUAGACCCUUACAGUUUUAAAGGAAAGCUGAUGAAAUUUUACAAUCACAGAGAUUACUGUAUCUCAUUUGUGUUUGGGUUCUUGCUCUGAAGGUGGUAGUUAUGUGCCAUACAAUUAAAGACAGCAAAUUCAAACUGUGUCUUCUUUCAGGUAGCUCUGAAACUGGUACAGAUGGCUGAGCUGGUUCAGAGGGAAGGCAGCAGCUACCCAGCGCAAGCGGCAGAGGCUCCUGGAACGUGUGCACAGCUCUGAAGCAGGAGGUGAAGAUGUUUUGCUGCUGAAGCAGUUUGCUCACAGAGGGUUCCAACAGAAAACGGCACCAGGACAACAUCACGGCAAGACGCCUGCAGGCUCGAGUUCUGCUUGACAUGGCCAUGUUCUACUAGACCUGCCAUGACGGCAUUUUUUCCCAGUGUUCCCAACUGGAUUCAAGAUGCAAAGCAGGAGGAGGAAGAGACAGGCUGGAAAUUAGUCCCCAGACCGAGAGGUGAAGAGACUGAAAGUCAGGGAAAAUGCCAAUGUGAAAUAUCGGAGACUUCCUUCACUAACGUGGACAAGCUGAGAACUCACACACUUUCUCACACUGAGCAGAAACCCUACAACUGCCCUCAGCUGCACUGUGGCAAAGCCUUUGCUUCUAAGUACAAGCUCUAUAGGCACAUGGCCACGCACUCUGCUCAGAAGCCUCACCAGUGUAUGUACUGCGAGAAGAUGUUCCACCGCAAGGAUCACCUUCGCAACCACCUCCAGACCCACGACCCCAACAAGGAGGCCCUGCACUGUCCGGAGUGUGGCAAGAACUACAACACGAAACUGGGCUUCAGGCGCCACCUGGCCAUGCACGCGGCUGCCAGCGGGGAUCUCAGCUGCAAGGUGUGUCUGCAGACCUUCGAGAGCACCCAAGUGCUGCUGGAGCACCUCAAAGCUCAUUCUCGACGGGCUUCUGGUGGGGCGAAGGAGAAGAAACACCCGUGUGACCACUGCGACAGGCGCUUCUACACCCGCAAGGACGUGCGGAGGCACUUGGUGGUGCACACGGGGCGGAAGGACUUCUUGUGCCAGUACUGCGCGCAGAGGUUUGGGCGGAAAGAUCAUCUGACCAGGCACAUGAAGAAAAGCCACUCCCAGGAACUGCUGAAGAUUAAGACGGAGCCGGUUGACAUGCUGGGUCUCCUAAGCUGCAGCUCGUCUGUGGCAGUGAAGGAAGAGCUGAGUCCCGUCCUGUGUAUGGCAUCCAGAGACAUGAUAGGUGGUAAGAGCUUCCCUGGCGUGUUGCCGGUGGGCAUGUACAGCACACAUCUCCAAACCAUGCCAAGCUCAGGGAUGCCCCACUCUUUAGUUCCUAAUUCUCUUCCCAUGGGAAUGAGCUAUCCUCUGGAGUCUUCUUCUCCCAUCUCCUCCCCACCACAACCUCCUCCAAAGUAUCAGCUUGGAUCUACCUCAUAUUUGCCUGAGAAACUACCCAAAGUAGAGGUGGACAGCUUUCUGUCAGACUUCCCUGGCAGCCUGUCUCUCUCGUCUGGUGAGCCUCAGUCCUCUUCGCCCCAGCCACCCCCCCUGGAUGAGCCUUUGCUUCCCAAGAGCCCUGCUAACCUUUCAGAGGCUCUCUGUGCUGCUAACAUGGACUUUUCUCAUCUUCUUGGCUUCCUCCCUCUAAACCUUCCUCCUUGCAAUCCACCCGUAUCGUCGGGGGGAUUGGUCAUGGGCUACUCGCAGGGGGAGACGCAGCCACUGCUUACCACUUUGCAACAUCAACCUCAAGAAUCUCCUGGAGCUGGGGCCUCGCUGAACUUUGGGCCCCUUCAUUCAUUGCCCCCUGUCUUCACCUCCAGCUUGAGCACAACCACACUGCCACGUUUCCACCAGGCAUUCCAAUAAGCUGAAAAUAGCACUGGAGAGCAGAUCUUUUGGUCACCCUUUUGUGGAGAGCCUUAAAAACGCACAACUCUUCCUUCCCUUUGGGGUGCGAAAGCUUUGCAAAGCUGUUUCAGACAGGAGGUUUCUGAUCUCUGGAGGGAGCACUUGUAGACUGGAACAGCAGAUACCCCUGUGCAAGUCCCAGUCCUGUACAGCAAAAAGAUUUCAGCUAAUAGACUGGAUAUAUUUUAUCUAAUUUUUAAUCUGUGAAUCAGGAGCCGCGCUUAGCACUGACCU